AUGUAUACCUUCCUGGUGAGAGUCCUUCUCAUGGGAAUAGUAAAGAAGAACUCCCUAAGAGAAUACUGGAGCACAGAUCCUAUGUUUGCAACUCCCUUCUUUGCCUCCCUCUUUUCCCAAGAUCGCUUCCUAGUUCUGCUGCGAUGCCUGCAUUUUGUCAACAAUGCUACUGCCAUCCUAAGUGACCCGUUAUACAAAAUAAGAAAUGUUCUUAUCAGCCUGACAUCAGCAUUUGGUCGGGUCUUUGUGCCAUACAAGGACCUAUGCAUUGAUGAGUCCCUUAUGUUAUGGAAAGGUAGGCUGGCGUUCCGUCAAUAUAUUCCCUCCAAAAGGCGCAGGUUUGGAGUCAAGUUCUUUGUCAUGUGCGACGUGAAGACAGGAUUUGUCCAGGAUAUUAUAGUUUACACAGGGUCCACCACUGACAUCAAACAUUAUGAGGGGCUUGGGGUGUCAGGGUCCGUAGUGAUGACCAUGCUGGCUCCUCAUCUCGGCAAGGGACACACUUUGUACGUGGACAAUUGGUACAGCAGUCCCACACUCUUCCAGCAUCUGCUCUCCAACAGCACAGGGGCCUGUGGCACAGUCAGGUCGAACCGGAAGGGGAUGCCGGCAUUCGGAUGCGGGAAGAUGCAGAGAGGGGAGGUGGAAUUCCAGGAGAACGGUCAACAGCUGGCAGUAAAGUGGCAUGACAAGCGAGACGUCCAUGUCCUCUCCACUGUCCAUACAGCAACCAUGUCGGCCACAGGGAAGGUGGACCACCUGACCGGAGAGAGAAAGAUCAAACCAGAUUGUGUGCUUGAUUAUAACCUCAAAAUGGGGGCCGUGGAUAAGGCAGACAUGAUAAACAGCUUUGUGGAAUGCACACGGAAAACGAACAAGUGGUAUAAGAAGAUAUUUUUCCAUCUGAUCGACACUGCUGUCCUCAACGGCAGCAUAGUUCACCGCCAACUAACAGGUGAGAUGAUUACUGAACAAGGUAUUUUUGUAAUUGGAUGUACAGUUCACAUACAAAUCCAUUAUGCAAUUAUAGUGACAAUAUCUCACCCACCUACCCACUGCCUCAUCAUCCUCUAACUUUCCUCAUCCUCCCCACUCCCUCAUAGGUAAAGUAAUUACCUACCAAAAAUAC